AAAAAGAAACCCAGUGGUAAUAAUACGAAUGUACUAAGAAUCUUUUCUUUAUAAAGUUGUACAAAAUGAAAUGGAGUUAUACGUAAUUUUUAGGAUGUUGCAUUGCUUUCUAAAUUAAACAUCUGCAUUAUAUCUUUGAUUUAACAGGUACCUAAUACUUAAAAGUGACUUUUCCUCGGACUUAGUCAGCGCCCACACCGGCUUACCCCGGCCUCCCGUCCGACAUGGAAUUAAUUUGAACUCGACGGCGUUUGAACUUUAAUCGGGAACACGGGAAUACCAAACUAAAAAUAUCGGCGGAUUAAUUAUGAGCGGGAUCUUGUCCUGUCCUGACUAAAACCCCGAAAUCCCGGUUUAUCCCCGUGCCGAACUGUCAGUUGUCAAAGACAGCGUCUAGAUCUUCAAGCUAAAAGCCUGCGCGGGGUUGUCUUAUAAGUGCCACAGGUGUGUAAUUCAUUACGUAUCCGACUAAGCUAUUCGCAACUCCUCAUUUCUUCAUGAAUAUAUAACCUCAGACUUACUCUCAAGAAAAUAUCUUUAUUUCUUUCAAACGCUGUUACAAUAUCACCGUCUAAAAGGUAUUACAGUAGACCCCGACCGUAAAGAUGAGCUCCCAACCGAGAAUUGCUGCCUUGGACGAAACGCUGGCCGGCAGCCUACCGAAUGUCUCCAGAACGCUCUUCGCCGCCAAGACCCUACAUGGUUACACGUUCGAGGAUAUCGCGCAGAAGCUAGGACGCAGCGAAGUCGCCGUUGCUGCGCUAUUUUACGGCCAAGCCACGGCAUCCGACGAGGAUAUCGAUAAGUUGGCGGAAGUCCUUCAAAUCCCACGGCAAGGGCUGAACGAGCUGUCUGUUGGGUUCCCGAAUCGGGGACGUGUGGGCCCGAUGCCUCCCGUAGAGCCGCUCAUCUACCGAUUAUACGAGAUCGUGCAAAACUACGGAUAUGCUUUCAAGGCGGUUAUGAACGAGAAGUUUGGCGACGGUAUCAUGAGCGCUAUCGCCUUCUCUUCUAAGGUUGAGAAGGAGGUCGAUAAUGACGGUGUCACUUGGGUGAAUAUUACGCUCCGAGGAAAAUGGUUGCCAUUUACUCGAUUCUAAUUUAUCUUUAUACAUGGCGCCGAAUAUUUAGCUUCGCCAUGUGUACGGCAGUACCGCUUGAAAUGUAUUUAUACAGUUGGUUAAGUAGGUUAAGAGGUACCUAGCCUACCUCAUACUUAACUCCUAUGGACACUUUGUAGUUCCCAC